GAACAUUUAUAUGACUUGACUAUACAUAAACAUAUAAUUCUUUCAGUUUCAUAUUAUAUUUUUUUAUUUGUUUAUUUAUUUAUUAUUAUUAUUAAUGUUCUAUUUUAUUAUUAUUUUUUAUGGUUCAUUGAAAUUACGCCUCAAGUGUUUCCAUGAAAUUGAACCUUUAUACAGAUGACAGAUUCCAUCUUUAAAAAAAAAUCGCUCAUAGGUUAGCUGUCAAAAAUGUUGUAAAAAAUUUAAAUAAAUAUAAUAAUUAAGAAUACUGGUUUUUUAUAAUUAAUUAUUGUCAUUAAUUGUUGUUAAUAAAUAAAUAUAUAAAUAAUGACGUCAAAAUCGGAUGUUACAUUGGAUCAUUUUUAUGUUUUUAAUGGGAAUUAUUCUAAAAGAGAAGGAGAUGAAGAAAAAAAAAUAUUUUAUUAUUAUCCUGAGAAAACAGACAUUGAUACUAAAAUUCGUAAUGUUGGAUUAAGUGAAGCAAUUAUUAAAUUUACAGAAUCAUUUAAUCCUGGGCAGACAUGUGAUUAUUGUAAUAAUCAUAAGACAAGACAAAUUUAUUAUCAACCAGAGCCAGAUUUCUGGAUGAUCAUGAUAAUCGGAGUUCCGUAUGUAGUAAAAAAUAAAGACGGUAUUGAUUAUACGGAGUAUCAACAUGACGAAGUGUCAAGUUCAGUAUGUCAAGCAAUACUCAAACAAGCUUAUAUGAGAUUUAGGCUGUUUAUGGGAUCAUUUGAAACUAUAUUAAAUGAUCCACAGUAUGGAUCAGUUACGUUACUCAGACAUAAAUUAGACUAUUUUUAUACUGGGUAUUUACCAUCUUUGAAGCUCAAUCACCGUGAUAUACUUGAUAUUUAUCAAGGAUUACAAUUUUUACCAUUAGAUAAAAUAACAUUCUUAAAGGUUCAAUGUUUUAUGAAUCUUAUUGAAGCAACGUUCCCUCAAAUUAAGUACACAGCAUUCCUUUAUAAUGAUCAAUUAGUAUGGAGCGGUUUAGAACCAGAAGAUAUGCAAGUGAUUUAUAAUUAUUUAAUAAGCAGUCUUUUACCAGAAUAUUUAGAAAAAGAAUUUCAUAGUGGAUCAAUGCCACGUAAUUCCGCGUCACCGUUUACAAGCUCACAUUAUGGAAAAUUUAUAACCGGAGCAUCCAGCAUCAAUGAAUCGAUUGGUAUUACAAAAUCACCAAAAGUAUUUAUAAAUUAUCCAAAUAAACCUACCUCAUUAUACUUAGUUGUUUAUAGUGCCUUAAGUGCGACUUUAUGUUUAUUCGUCGAUAGUACAAGUUUAUUAAUUGAUUAUUUAAAAAGUCUUGAUGCAUUCCUGGGUCCUCAAUUGACGACUCUAGUUAACACAGUAGCAGAACAAUGUUCUAAGCACGUACCAGACAUCUCUGAUUCAACUCCUAAGUAUCUUUACUUCAAUAGACUAAAUUUGGCGUACAAAAGUACUAUUCAUCUCGACAAUAGAAGAUGCUCUAAUGUACUGACAACUCCAGAAGUAUUGAGAAUAAUUACAGAUAUAAAUAGUGAUACAAAUCGAUUGAAAGAAGAUGGCGAAACGAUUAUUAAAACUAUGAGUGAUUAUUGGGUUGUUGGUAAAUUAUCAAAUUUACGUGAAUUUUAUGUUGUGAUACAGCAAAAAAAUGCUAAUAUUAUUGAAAUCGAUGAUGAAGUUAAACGACUGUGCGAUAAGCAAUUAAAAAGUAUAUUCUUUCAUUAAUAAUAAAAAAAAAAUUAUAUCUAGAAUUAAAAAAAUAUUUAAUAAAAAAUAUUAAUUAUUAUUAAAUUUUUAUACAUUCUUUUUUUUCUUUUUUUUCAU